GGACCCCGGGGCCGUGCGCGGGGGGACACGGGCGCCGACGAGGCAGUGGCGCGGCACGACUCCUCCUAUGGCACCUUCGCAGGGGAGUUCUACGACCUGCGCUACCUGUCGGAGGAGGGUUUUCCUUUUNNNNCUGCUCCUCCUGUGGAUCCAUUUGCCAAAAUCAAAGUGGAUGACUGUGGAAGGACUAAGGGAUGCUUUAGAUAUGGCAAACCAGGCUGCAAUGCAGAAACCUGUGACUACUUCCUCAGCUACCGGAUGAUAGGGGCUGAUGUGGAAUUUGAACUGAGUGCAGACACAGAUGGUUGGGUGGCAGUUGGAUUCUCUUCAGACAAAAAAAUGGGUGGUGACGAUGUCAUGGCCUGUGUUCAUGAUGACAAUGGCAGGGUCCGUAUACAACACUUCUAUAAUGUAGGCCAGUGGGCGAAGGAGAUUCAGAGAAAUCCUGCCAGAGACGAAGAAGGAGUCUUUGAGAACAAUCGCGUCACCUGCAGAUUUAAACGCCCUGUGAAUGUUCCCAGAGACGAAACGAUUGUUGACCUCCAUUUGAGCUGGUAUUAUCUGUUUGCUUGGGGUCCAGCCAUUCAGGGCUCUAUCACUCGACAUGACAUAGACUCGCCACCGGCUUCAGAGCGUGUGGUCAGUAUUUACAAGUAUGAAGACAUUUUUAUGCCAUCGGCUGCCUACCAGACCUUCUCGUCUCCAUUUUGUUUGCUUCUGAUUGUUGCCCUAACCUUCUACUUAUUGAUGGGAACCCCUUAACCACAGCUGCAAAGCCAUCAGAUUAAAUGAAUUGGAAAGUCUUUAGUAUAAAUAUAUUUUUGAAGAAUAUCUAGUAUCAUUUUAGCUUCUAUUAUUUAAAAAAAAAACAAACUCAUGAUCUCAACUCUUUGGAAGAAGGAACAAGCUUCUUUUUUUAGUCAAAGAGGAUUGUUUAAUAAUGACCCCACACAUUUUGGAAAGUACUUAAAACCUUUCUUAGCACUUUCAAGUAUGUUUUCUUAUUUGAACUUCACAACAUCUCUGAGUUGGCUUGAUGAAAAGUAUGGUUGCCAUUCCUGAAUGGGAUUUGAAACCCAAAUAGGUUGCCUUUUCAUGAUUCAGAUGCCAUGUAGCCUUGACUACUCAAUCAGAUAACUCAUCUCAAGGUGGGGAAGGAAUCAGGCAGAAAUAAUAUCUCUGAAGUUGGCCCCAAAGUCUAGUGAUUAAGAACUGGAUCCAACAUGGUUGACUACGUUUUGACUCCUGACUCUGGUGACUUGAAAAAUGUGC